AGGUAUCCAUAGAAACAGGAUACAAAUUUCACAGUUAGGAACAGGGUCUAGCUGAAAAAAAAACUGCACGGUUUCAUUUUUAGUUUACUUUCAUUAAAUCGCUUCAAGCAAAAAUGCAAACAAGGCUGUGUUCAGAGUUGAGCUCUGGAGUAGGAGAUCGGGCUGAAAAAAACGCGGAAAAUGUGUUUCAGUCAGAAGUGGAAGAAGCUCAGAGAAGACCUGAGAAUGUUCCAGAAAACGGCACCGAGGCUCUCAGUGUGACUAAAGCACCACCAGGUCCCAGGAUUAGUAAGGAGUUUUUAAGGGACCACUGCAAGCGCAACAAGCUGUACUUGACUCCUAGGUUAAACGACACGCUUUAUCUCCACUAUAAAGGUUUCAGGGUAAUCGAGGGUCUGGAGGAGUACACCGGCCUGCGCUGUCUCUGGCUUGAGUGCAACGGGAUCCAGAAGAUUGAGAACCUGCAGAACCAGCCAGAACUGCGAUGCCUUUUCAUCCAGCACAACCUCAUUCAAACACUCGAGAACCUGGAACCGCUCGCCAAACUCAACACGCUCAAUAUCUCAAACAACUACAUCAAGGUCAUCCAGAACAUCUCCUGCCUAAGUGAGCUGUCCACACUCCAGAUUUCCCAUAAUGCACUGGAGAGUGUGAGCGAUGUGCAGGAGUUGUGUCACUGCCCCUCCAUCAGUGUUCUGGACCUCUCACAUAACCGCCUCAAUGACCCAGAAAUCCUCACUGUACUGGAGGAGAUGCCCAAUCUGAGAGUGUUAAACCUCAUGGGUAACGAUGUCAUCAAGAAAAUUCCCAACUACAGGAAGUCGCUAAUUGUUAGUCUGAAGGUGCUGACUUACCUGGACGACCGUCCUGUGUUUCCUAAGGAGAGGGCCUGUGCAGAGGCUUGGGCCAUGGGAGGUUUGGAAGGAGAACGUAUAGAAAGAGAAUUAUGGCAAACGAGAGAGAGGAGGAAGAUUGAAGAGAGUCUGGACGCGUUGAGACUCAUCAAAGAAAACGCACUAGCGCGAAGACGAGCUCGAGAGCAGCAGCAGGAGGAGAAUGGUGCGCACAUAUAUCCUUUUACAUCCCUUUUCACUCCCGAUUCUAAUCUUGUUACACUCGGUACUUCAGGAAUGUCCGAGCCUGUAGAAGGUCAGGACAUGUCUGGUGAAGACCUCGAGCAGACUGAGCAAGAGCAGAAGGAGAAUGAGGAUGUCAUAUCGGAGGAGGGGGAGGAGGUCGUCCAGGUCGCAGUAGAGACGCUCCAGUCAGACCCAGAGAUGGAGCCGGUUCUGUCCUCAGCUUUAGACGUUAAGCAGGUGCAACGAUCUGGUUUAGGAACAGAUCCAAUUCUCCGGUCAGGGUCAGACACAGACAACGGUCUGCAGCAAGUGUCUUUAAUAGAAGAGGUUCAUCCUCCAGAGCUCACUGAGGAGUCAGGACAAGAGCAACACCAACAUCAUGUAACAUCAGAGAGGAAUCAGAAGAGCAAACAUGAAGCGUGGACUGAAGCUGAAGAGCUACGCUUGGUAUCUGGCACAUUGGGUCCUGUCACUGAACUCGUCCCAGACGAUGAAAUACAGUCCAUCGUCCUAUCAGACGCUCCAUCACUCAGCAUCAAUGAUCUUCCUGAUCUGGACGAUCUGGACGCCGUAGACAUAGAAACAGCACCGAAGGUGUUUCGUCCAAUAAUCGAGGUCAUCUCAGGCAGCGACAGUGACUCAGAACCGGAAGGAACAUCUCCUGGAUACUUCUCGCUCUUUGGUAACGUUUCUACCAGAAAUGAGAGUUUGAUUUUGACCAAUCAGAGAGCAGCAGCGACGGAUCCCCGAGUAGAUGACGAGCAAUGCGUGGCAGAAGGAAAGCAAAAAAAAUGGCUGAUUGAGGAGCUGGACUGAUGUUUAUGAUAUUUAUAUGUAGAAAUGAAAAUAAAUUAUUCUCUUAUGACAAAUCAA